ACAAGAGUCUUAUCACCCAGGUUCCUCCUUGACGAGUCAUCCCCGGUCUUCUACCCCAGAAUGAGUACAAUGUCCAAAUAACGGUACCUGCCUUUGUUCUUCUGAGUUGUCUCUAAUGUUUUUCCUUAAUAAUAACUUCCCCUAAAUCCCUUCUCCGUCUCCUACGCCUCCGUCACCCACUCCACUCCACUCCACCCACACCCACCCACCCACCCCAUGAACUCAUCCAAAACUCGCCGCAAAAUCGCUCCGGCGGCUGUGGAAAACGGUGACUCGGCCGACAAACUUGACCAACUCCUCCUCUCCUCUGCCAUAUGCAACGGCGAGGAUUUAGGCCCCUUCAUCCGCAAGACCUUUGCUUCCGGCAAGCCCGAGACCCUCCUUCACCAUCUCCGUCACUUCGCUCGCUCCAAAGAGUCCGAAAUCGAAGAAGUCUGCAAGGCUCACUACCAGGACUUCAUCCUAGCCGUGGAUGAUCUCCGAUCUCUUCUCUCGGACGUCGAUUCUCUCAAAUCCUCACUAUCCGAUUCCAACUCCAAGCUCCAGACUGUCGGAGUUCCUCUCCUUUCAUCCCUCGAUGCCUUCGUCGAAGCUCGAAAUAUCUCGCAGAACGUGAAUCUUGCACUCGAUUCAGUUGGUACAUGCGUUCGGCUCAUGGAGCUUUGUUCCAGAUCAAAUCACCAUUUAUCUAAUAAUAACUUCUACAUGGCACUCAAGUGCGUCGACACGUUGGAAGUUGAUUUCUUGAAGAAGACGCCGUCCUCAACGCUAAAGAGGAUGCUGGAGAAGAAAAUACCGGAGAUUCGAUCGCAUAUCGAGAGGAAAGUUAGCAAGGAUUUUGGCGAUUGGCUGGUGGAGAUCCGCGUUGUGAGUAGGAAUCUAGGUCAAUUGGCGAUCGGUCAAGCCUCUUCAGCGCGGCAACGAGAGGAAGAGCUUAGGAUCAAGCAGCGACAGGCGGAGGAGCAGAGUCGCCUCAGUCUGCGAGACUGCGUUUACGCCUUGGAGGAAGAAGACGACGACGGACUAAGCGGUGGAGGAGUUGGAGAUGACAAUAAUGGCGGGAAUGGAAUUCUAGGGUUUGAUCUGACGCCUUUGUACAGAGCUUAUCACAUACACCAGACAUUGGGGCUUGAGGACCGGUUCAAGCAAUAUUAUUUCGAGAAUCGGAAGCUUCAACUCACUUCGGACUUUCAGGUAUCUUCUAUGACUCCAUUCCUUGAGUCCCAUCAAACUUUUUUUGCCCAAAUUGCUGGAUUCUUCAUCGUUGAAGAUCGGGUUUUGAGAACUGGGGGUGGUUUGAUAUCGAAAAUGGAAGUUGAGAACCUUUGGGAAACCGCUGUUAGCAAAAUGUGUUCUGUUUUAGAGGAUCAGUUUUCUAGAAUGCAAACUGCCAACCAUUUGUUGUUAAUUAAGGAUUAUGUGAGCUUGUUAGGAGUGACUUUGCGUAGGUAUGGAUACCCAGUGGACGCCUUGCUUGAGGUUUUGAGUAAGCAUAGAGAUAAGUACCACGAGUUGUUGUUGUCCGAUUGUCGAAAACAGAUUGCGGAAGCUCUUGCUGCGGAUAAGUUUGAGCAGAUGUUGAUGAAGAAGGAGUACGAGUAUUCUAUGAAUGUGCUUUCAUUUCAAAUACAAACGUCGGACAUUACACCGGCUUUUCCUUAUGUUGCACCAUUUUCUUCUACAGUGCCCGACUGCUGCCGCAUUGUACGAUCUUUUAUUGAGGAUUCUGUGAGUUUCAUGUCUUAUGGGGGACAAUUGGAUUUUUAUGAUGUGGUGAAGAAGUAUUUGGAUCGGCUAUUGGGUGAGGUGUUGGAUGGGGCUUUGUUGAAACUUAUUGGUUCUUCAAUUCACGGUGUUGCCCAAGCAAUGCAGGUGGCAGCCAAUAUGGCUGUCAUGGAACGUGCUUGCGAUUUUUUCUUUCGUCAUGCUGCACAGCUUUCCGGCAUACCUUUAAGAGUGGCAGAGAGAAAGAGGCAGUUUCCCUUGGGCAAAGCCCGUGAUGCGGCUGAAGAUAUGCUAUCUGGUAUGCUAAAAACAAAGGUUGAUGGGUUUAUGACAUUGAUUGAGAACGUAAACUGGAUGGCCGAUGAACCUCCACAGAAUGGAAAUGAGUAUGUGAAUGAGGUGAUCAUCUAUUUGGAAACAUUGGUCUCCACUGCCCAACAGAUUUUGCCAGUUCCAGUCCUUAAGAGAGUGCUACAAGAUGUCCUUACCCACAUAUCAGAAAAGAUUAUUGGAUCCUUAUAUGGGGAUUUAGUUAAGAGGUUUAGUCUAAAUGCAAUUAUUGGAAUUGAUGUGGAUGUUCGGAUGUUGGAAUCUUUCGCUGAUAAUCAAGCAUCCUUGUUCUCCGAUGAGGACGCGAAUCAGUUAAAAUCUGCACUUUGUGAGGCCAGGCAGUUGAUGAAUUUGCUACUAAGCAACCAUCCAGAGAAUUUCCUGAAUCCUGUGAUCAGGGAAAGAAGUUACAAUGCUUUGGACUACAGGAAAGUACUGACAAUUUCUGAGAAAUUGAAGGAUCAGUCUGAUAGACUAUUUGGAACCUUUGGAACCCGAGGAACCAGGCAAAAUCCAAAAAAGAAAUCACUAGAUGCAUUGAUAAAAAUACUCAAAGACGUGAGCUGAUUUGUUACAUAGAUGUCAAGCAAUAGGAGGUCGAUCGACAAAGUUGCUUAUGUUGGGCUGUGAGAUGUUUGUGGUGCUUCUUUCUUAAUUCUUUUGUCCCCACUAUCCAUUUGUGGUGAAGUUAGGCGUUGUCUACUUUCAAUGGGAAACGAAUUAAGCUGGUGAAAGAGAUAGGAUGUCUUUGUUUUAUGACUUCUGAACAUUGUUUUUAAGAAAAAUAAAAUUAUUUUCUAUUCUAAUUAUUGCCUCCA